AAGGAACCUUCGUCACGUUAGGGAAACCGGAAAAAACUUCAAUUUGUGUUACACAUAGCGGAAGUCGUGUGCGUGCAGUGUCCACAGCAGUGUCACAUUGAAGACAAAAUCUUCUCGGUCACCGUAACCUUUUUGGAUCUGGAUGUUGGCAGCUCAUUCCUGAUGACUCCAUGCGGAUGAUCUACAACUAUGUUUACUUCAAAACUCCUCCCUCGUCUUCGUCUCCUACACAGGGCAACUUGUGAACUUAAGGCCCGUGGAGACAUUCUCACUGACUCUGUGCAGCCAGCAGUGUUGGCGUACAAUUCGAGACGGAAUGAAAAACCGCGACACUACUCAAUGGCUGCUGACAACAGAUCUCCGCCUCGAUGGGUCCAACUAGAGCCAGAGCUUGAAGACGCGCUUGUGCCACGCAAACUGUCAGUGAGCCCCCUGGAGAGCUGGCUCUCGCUGCGCUACACUCUUCCUUCCCUGCCGGAGUCUCCUCCGCACCAGCGAGAGCAUGUGGACCCGCUGGAGGAGAAGGUGCUUCCACCCAUGUCCUUUCCCGUCCUUGAGGAUGGAGACAGUGGGGUGACUCCUCUCAGAUGCAAGAAUGUGCUGGAGAUCCGACGACGCAAAAUUAACCGUCACAAAUACAAGAAGCUGCUACAACGUACUAAGUUUCUGAGGAGGAGAGUGCGGGAUAUCAGAGGGAAGAAAAAGCAAAAGCGUUUUGAGGAGGACCUAAAGAGAAUCUGGAGGAGGGCUGGACUGAAGAAGCCUCAAGAAGGAUGGCGCUUACCCAACAUCUUUAUCAAUCAAUACGGGAACAAAAAAGACUGAAAUUCAUGCCAUAUAACAUAUUUGCACACUGGACAACAUUGCGCGCCAUGAUUUCUGUCCUGCAGUCAAUACUCCAGUUGCAUUUAGUAUGAUGUUGCUGCUGUAGUUCCGUGACAAUACUGCAGGUGGCAGCAUUUAACAGCGCCAAAAACAAAACGGGGAGAAACCGUUAUGACCACAAUUCCCUCAUUAGGCAGUCUAGCCAUUUUUAGUCAUCUUAAAACAAAUAAAAAUGUUGGCAUAUUUGAAA